GAAGAAGUCUGUGAACCAGUCUGGAAAUCAAUUAGGCAAAACAUUCAGAAAGCUGAAAGAUGCCAGCCCUGCUGGAGAGACCCAAGAUGACAAAGUUGAUGUAUCAGGCUCUGAAGCGACACAUACAGCAGGAAAGGGAACGCAAAAAGCAAGCUGAGCAGGAGCAAGAUGCCAUGCUUGAGCAACAGAAGCGGGAGAAGGAGCUGAAGAAGAAGAAAGAAGAGGACAAUAACCUCACACUGGAACAGACGAAAGAACAGAUAACUCAGCUUGAGAAGAAGUUGGAACAGCUACGCCAGGAGAAGCAUGACUAUUUUUCCCAGCUGAAGAAAGUGCUUCACCAGGAGGAUGAGACUAGGAAACGAGCCCAGCAGAAAGAUGAGAUGAACCAGCCCCCCACUAUCUACCCGCAGGCUGGAAUGACCCCUGUGUCAGCACACCCAGUGCUGCACCACCCCGGCAGACCAACCAUGUACAGGCAUACUCAGAGCAUCAUUGCCCCGGUGCCCAAUGUACCUCUGAAGCGUCCCCGCAGCCCCUCUCCCACACCGACAUCUGGGUACCAGCAGUACGAGAAUAAGAAGGCCGCCACUGCCGCACAUUAUUCACACUCCACACAGGGAGACUUCAAGCCUGUGACCUACCAGACCCAGCCAAGCUCCGUCAGUUACGGCAGUCAGCCUGUCCAUUCCUUCCAACAGUCAUCAGUUGCAUUCACCACCACAAAGUCACCGGCAGGAAAAUACCAACCCACGGGCCAGUCAGCUUUUACAUCAUACCCGAGCCAUUACACCCAACACCAGCAUCCAAAGACAAUGGAGCCUGGGUAUCCCACUCCUUACCAGAUGCCGAGAAUUCAGCAGCCUGGGUACCUUGCCUCCCCCCAUUCAUCAAAUAUUCCGCUCCAACAGCAGUUGCAGCAGGCCAAUGACAAGGCCGGCUUCAGUGAUGGAGACAAGUAUAAACAGCUUCAACAACCCCAGCUUCAGCCAGCAAUUCGUGGUGCCGCGCCUAUACAGGGCCAGCAGCCGGGGAUGAUUCCUAUAUCUCUACAGCAGGAAAUGUCAGCUAGAGGAAGUAUUGUGACAGGAUUUUCAGGGCGUGGUCAAGCGCCGCCCACUUCAAACUACCAGCCCAGUAGCACACAGGUGACGUAUCCUGGGCAGCAGCCUCCUAGGGUUAGCUAUGCAGGAAGUACCAAUCGUUACUACUGAGAAAGGUCAAGGUCAUCAGGCUGUCGUUCAAGUGCUAGUAUAUAGGUCAUAAAAGAGGAAGUUUGUUAUGGAGGAUUUGUAAAAAAGACUGAACUGUACAUGUUUGUUGUGAAGUGAAUUCCAAAAAAAAGUUGUUGUGGUGCUUAGAAGAAUUUUAUGUUGUCCAAGGUCAUCAGAAUAUUGGUCAAGGUCCAAGUGCUAAUAUGAAGAACAUUAGAGUGUUUGUUAGGCAGGAUUUGAAAAAGGGACUGAACAGUGUUUGUAAUGAAGUGAAAAAAGAAGUUGUAGUGCUAAGAAAACUUUUUUCUUGUUUAAGGUCAUCAGAAUGUAGGUGAAGGUCAAACUGCUAAUAGAUAAAAGAAUUAUGUACCUGUAAUUAGAAAUUUUGUUACGGACGAUUUUGACUGUUGUGGAUUGAAAAAGAAAAAAAAUGUUGUAGUGCAUUAACAUUAUUUUUCGCUGGUCAUGGGACUAGACUAUUUAGCAACCAUACACGCAGCUACAGAGUGGUUUCCAUUGAUCAUGUUUUACCCUGUGCAAUAUUGUAUGCAUGUCACCAUUGUUGUACAUUAGAUAUCGCUAAGCUUUAUAGUGCUGUUAUAUUGUCUAUGUUUAUUAUAGAACUUAAGAACUGAACUAACUCAUAUUAAGCAUCACCAUUUAGACACUUGAACAGUUUUGCGCAUACAAAUUUACUUUUAUUAUUUUACCUUUUUCCUUAAAUCGGACUUGUGGCCUGUUUGGAGCACAAAGGUCACCUUGACCUUUUUAGCUAGGCUACACUCUCGCAGAUUUUUUUUUGUCUUUGAAUGAGUCCAUUUUUGCAUAAAUGUCUGAAACCAGUGUUUUAAGACUGCUGACUAAAGAUCAGACUGCAGUUUUUUCAUAUUUAAGUUUGAAUAUUGUUGUUUUAUGGCUAAAAGCAUUACUAACGCUUCAAGAAAAACAAUUUUCAGCAUUUUUCCAAACAAUUCAUGUGAUUUUUUGUUUUGUUCAUUAAAGUUUGUUUUUUUGCAUAAACCUUUAUUGUGCGCUUUGAAGACAAGUUAUUCGAAAGUUAUCAAUCGGAAAUGAAAGCGUGAUGCUGUUUUGAGAAGAAAUGUGAGAUUGGAUUAAAGAAAUAAAGACACCUUUUACGCCUGCAUACUAUUGUUUUAAAUAAAAUGAAACCAUGUGGCUCUCAAAUUCCAUUUUAAAAUGGGCAGAAUAGUUUUAAAGGUGUUUUUGUUUUAUGACAUUUUGCUUGAUGUUAUUUCCUAUUUUGAAGGAUCAAAGAGUUUUGAUUGUAACUUGAGCUUAAAUUUAAUUGCUCUUAAACUUCUCAAUUUAAAUUUGAAAGAUAUUAGUAUCAUGCCUGUGCGCAUGUAUCGCUUUUUAGCUCACCUGUCACUUUGUGACAAGGUGAGCUUUUGUGAUUGCCUUUUGUCCGGCGUGCGUCAACAAUUUACUUAAAAGACAUCUCCUCCUUAACCACUGGGCCAAUAUUAAUAAAACUUCAUAGGGAUGUUCCUUGGGUGGUCUUCUAUCAAAGUUGUUCAAAGAAUUCAAUUCCAUGCAGAACUCUGGUUGCCAUGGCAACCAAAAGAAAAAACUUUAAAAAUCUUCUUCUCUCAAACCACAAGGCUUAGGCCGUUGAUAUAUGGUAGGUAGGAUCACCAAAUGGUCCUCUACCAAGAUUGUUCAAAUUAUGCCCCUUGGGUCAAAAUUGGCCCCGCCCCGGGGGGUCAUGGGUUUUCUCUAUAAGUUUAUAGUGAAAACUUACAAAAUCUUCUCCUCUGAACUUACUUGGCCUAGAGCUUAGAUAUUUGGCAUGAUUCAUCGUCUAGUGGACCUCUACAAAGUUUGUUCAAAUUAUGGCCCUGGGGUCAAAAUUGGCCCCCGCCCCAGGGGGUCGGGUAUUCUCUAUAUGUUUAUUUUUAAAACUUCAAAAAUCUUCUCCUCUGAACUUACUUGGACUAGAGCUUAGAUAUGGCAUGAUUCAUCGUCUAGUGGACCUUUACAAAGAUUGUUCAAAUUAUGGCCUUGGGGUCAAAAUUGGCCCCGCCCCGGGGGGUCAUGGGAUUUCUCUAUAUGUUUAUAGUGAAAACUUCAAAAAUCUUCUCCCUUGAACUUACUUGGACUAGAGCUUAGAUAUUUGGCAUGAUUCAUCGUCCAGUGGACCUCUACAAAGUUUGUUCAAAUUAUGGCCCUGGGGUCAAAAUUGGCCCCGCCCCAGGGGGUCGGGUAUUCUCUAUAUGUUUAUUUUUAAAACUUCAAAAAUCUUCUCCUCUGAACUUACUUGGACUAGAGCUUAGAUAUGGCAUGAUUCAUCGUCUAGUGGACCUUUACAAAGAUUGUUCAAAUUAUGGCCUUGGGGUCAAAAUUGGCCCCGCCCCGGGGGGUCAUGGGUUUUCUCUAUAUGUUUAUAGUGAAAACUUCAAAAAUCUUCUCCCUUGAACUUACUUGGACUAGAGCUUAGAUAUUUGGCAUGAUUCAUCGUCCAGUGGACCUCUACAAAGUUUGUGCAAAUUAUGGUCCCGGGGUCAAAAAUUGGCCACACCCCGGGGCUGAUGGGUUUUCUCUAUAUGUGUUAUAGUGAAAACUUAAAAAAUCUUCUCCGAACUCACAAAGACAAGUAACGUCUUUAUUUAAACUGGAUAACAUAUUUAGUACACAUACCAAUUUUCAAUAUGGGCCACAUACAACAAUUAAUAACAAAUAUACAUAUAUAGAUACACACAUAAAAUCAAGUAGUGACAAAAGCUUAGAUAUUUGGCAUGAUAUAUCAUCUAGUUGACUUGUACCAAUAUUGUUCAAUCUUUGGCCCUGGGGUCAAAAAAUGGCCCCACCCGGGCGGUCAUGGGUUUCCUUAUAUAUGUAUAUGAUGAAAACUUAAAAAAUCUUCUUCUCUGAAACCAAAAGGCGAAGGCCUUAGAUAUUUGGUAUGAAGCAUCGUUUAUCGGACCACUAUUAAGAUUGUUCAAACUUUAGCCCUGGGGUCAAAAUUGGCCACGCCCCGUGUUCAUAGGCUUAGAUUUUCAAUAUUUGUAUAUAAUGGAAGAAUGUGCAAUAUAUGACAGGUGAGCGAUUCAGGGCCAUUUGGCCCUCUUGUUUUCUUAAAUGUAGUAUUCCAUUAACUGGUGCAGUGUGAAAGCUGAAUUGAUUUGUAAGAGAGAACUGCUAUUUUAAGAUAUGAAUAAAGCUUGAAUUUCAAAGAAUCUUUUAUUCAUUGACAUUUGUUUAAAAUUGAUGUUGAUGAAAAGUUUAUUGGAUUAGCUAAAAUUGGGAGCUUUAUUCCUCAAAUGUCAAAUUUAAUUCUUGUCCAUAGAUUUGUGGAAGCUUUUAAUCUCCUCAAAAAAAUAUAUAAUGCAAAUUGAGCCAGCAAUCCUGUCAACAAGAUUUAAGGUCCAGACUGGGGAAACUGAAUAACAGAUAUGCAUGUGUACUCGAACAUUAUUCAGUUCCUGACAAGUAAUUUGGAUUUUGCUUUAUAAAUCUGUUUAUUUUUGUGAAUGGUAUGUAUACACUACUCCUAUUUCACAAGAUUUUUACCUUACAAAUCUAGAAUUCAUGCAUUUCCUUACUUUUAAGAAUUGUUAUUUAUUUGAUUCUUGUCAAGCAAAUAGAAAACUGUUUCAUAACACUGUGUGUAACUUCAAAAACUUAAGAAUUUUUAGUUGCAUGUGCACUCGAUUUGUUCAUAUUUUAAAAAAAAGCAUAGAAAAUAGAAAUUGUCAGUCAUGUUGUUAAAAUUUGAUUGAAGUAAAAGUGUAGUAUGGAAAUAAAGUCAUUUUAUAUGA